ACCUGCUUUGAAAACCGGAACGCGCCGCGGCAACCUCACAUUUGGCAUCGCUCCCCCGCGAGCGACGCCGCAAACUCCGGAGCCUCGCGGCCGGCAUUUGAACUUCGUUUUCAGCUUCGCGAGUUGAUGUUAUUUACACACUCAUUCGAUAAUCCUAGAAAAGUUACAUCGCAAGCUCUCAUUGCCUUCUGAGUAUCGAUUGCGUUGUUUCCGUGAGUUGAAAAGCUGACCCGCAGUAGGUGUGCUUGCAGACGACGAGUUGGGCCGCUCUUUGCAGACGACAUCAUCGGCGGAGUCGGUUUCGCUUCUGCGUUUUGGAUACGUCACCGAGCGUUCCCUUGCGGUUUGUGUGAGUGCGGUUCAACGGACUCUGAGUUUGGCACCUGUGUCAAGUGCAGGGGGCGAAGCAUCGGGAAGUACAGCGUCAUCCCUGAUGCUCUCGAGGAUCGGAGGACGCCACAAAAGUUGGUCAACCAUGUCGUCAACCAUCGGUGUGCUAGCAGACGACAGCGGCUCGUUCCGCAACCGAGAUGGACACAAGAUCGCCUGCGUCACUUGGAGUCCCGAAGUUGAGCCCAGGGCGCUGGUGUUCCUGGCCCACGGCUACGCCGAACACUGCCACGUCCCCUGCUACGACUCAUUGGCCAGGAAGCUCGUCGAGCUGGGAUGCUACGUGUUCGCUCACGAUCACGUUGGCCAUGGCAAAAGCGAAGGUCCGCGAGCCAUCGUCAAAUCGGCUGACAUCUACGUCGACGACAUCUUGACGCACGUCGACUUGGUCAAACAGAAGUUCCCGGGCACACCAGUCUUCCUGUUCGGACAUUCCAUGGGCGGCACACUGUGCGCCAGGAGCGCCCUGGAGCGUCCCGCCGAAUUCGCCGGCAUGGUGCUGAACGCGCCGGCCGUGUGGCUGGACCCCGUGCAGUGCAGCUGGACCAAGAUGACCCUGGCUCGCAUCCUUGGUCGAGUGGUGCCCACCCUGCCCAUCGGCAACCUGGAUCUGUCCCUGGUGUCCAAGGACCCCGAAACCGUGGACUGGAUGACCAAGGACCCGCUGCGGUACCACGGCAGCGUACGUGUCGGUUGGGCCGCGGCCAUGCUGGCUGCUCUCCAGGACCUCCAGGCUAAAAUCGACUCGGUCGAGACGCCUUUCCUCAUUCAGCACGGCUCUGCUGACAAACUCUGUGAACUCGCCGGCUCCGAAGAUUUCUUCAAGAAGGCACCCAGUAAGGACAAGAGCUUCAAGGUCUACAAGGAAUGCUACCACAGUCUGCUCACUGAACCUGGUGAAAUAGGCCAACAGAUUUUUCAGGAUAUCGCCGACUGGUACACGUCCCGGUUACCAUCGUGAAUCGAAGAUCAGUGAAGUUUGAUAACUACGGCUGAUAAAAAAAAAGCGAGGCGUGCACUCAGAUAAGGCUGCGAUGUAUAGAUAACAAUUUAAAUAGGGGGUCACUUUUUGAGGUGUUAGUUUUUUUUUUUUUUUUUGAACCCGAGUGAGAAUUCUUGAUGUGAACGCUAUGAACACGUCCACUGUAGACACAAGCUCAGCGAUUCUGAUGAAACCUAGCGAAUAGGUUUCGGAGAUAUUUGCGGCAGCUAGAAGGUGUGGCUGUAGAUACUUAACGUAUUAUGCAAGAACCGUCCCUAUAAUGAGAGCAAUACACUAUUUUGAUGCCUUGUACACUCCAGACUUAGCGCCGGUAAAAUACCAGCUAGUGAAAGUCGGGGUUUCAAGCAAACAGCUUUGCCUUCGCAGUUGCCCCACCAACGAUGUCUAAAGUUAUUCAAGCACAACGAAAUAGAACUGCACAACUCGACCCAUGUCGGAUUUUAUUGGUAGUUGUAGCAAGAACCUUUUGAGGUAUAAAAUUUUCUUAGUUGGCGAUAAAUUGGAGCGCGAAUAAGACAAAAAAUGAGUGGGUUCAUUGCUGUGCUAUAACUGCCAACAAAUGCGAUGUCUGUAGCAGUAGCGAAGUCAGAAGGCGCAGGAACUGAUACGACACUCUCAUUCUGUUUUUUCUGCGCCCAACGCCAUCUUUAAAUUUUGAAUUUUAGGGUGCUACCGCACGUUAUCAAACUCUGCUUGUUUUGAUUCAGCCUGUGUCCACAUUAAAAAAUGUACAAAGAAAUACCACGCAUGUUAAUUGUACAGAAACGGAUGCAAAUAAACUGUAUAUAAUUCCUGCAA